AUGGCUUCGAACCUGUCCACUCGAGCGGCUAGGACCGCAUGCUCCGCCUCCAAGGCGGCUUCUCGUCCCCUUGCGACCAUCAUUCCCCGUCGCACCUUCGCUACGGGCCCCGAAUCCUCGACCGGCGAGGCAGAGCAGCCCCGAUGGUCGUACACGCCGCCGCGCGCAAAGGCGCCCUUCAGUCUCCGGUUGCACUCGAAGCGCCCAUUCUUCCACGUGAACUCGGACCCUGCUCUCCUGGAUCAGUUCUACAUUCGCAUGCUGGGCAAUGGCGGUGACCAGGUUCUCUCCGACGAGCUGAAGUGGUUGGCCGUGACACACAAGAGUUUUGAUCAAGGACGUCGGGGCUUCAAUGACCGAUUGGCCUUCCUUGGCAAGCGCAUUGUGCAAUUGCAGGCUUCGCUCGCCUUGGUACAGAACCCUGAGGCUGCCAAUGCCUCUCCGAAGACCGACCCCCACGGCCGCACGCCCUUCUCUCACCCGGCCCUGGAUGGCCUCCGAAGCCUCUCCCCGGAGACCAAGAGCUUCCUGACCGACCGGUCCAAGCUUGCCGAGCUGGCGCAAAAAUACGAAAUGCAGAACGUCCUCCGGUGGACUCCUCGCAAGCCCGAUGACCUCAAGGCUUCCGGUCUCGAACUCGUUCUGGCGCACACCAUGUACGCCGUCAUUGGAGCCGUCUCGUUGGAGAAGGGUGGACACAUUGCCAACAAGGUGGCCCAGGAACGGAUACUCGAGCCACUCGGCCUCAAGACCGUCUCGUAA